CACAAGCAUCCCUGUGCCUUCAGGGCCGGGCUGGGCGGAGCGGGGCCGGAUCGGGCCGAUCGGAUCCGAGCCGGGAUGCUGCGGUACCUGCUGAAGACGCUGCUGCAGAUGAACCUGUUCGCGGACUCGCUGCCGGCCGAGGGCUCCAACUCCUCGCGGCUCCUGCUCGGCACCAACCGCAGCCUCGCGGCGCUGCCGCCACCCGGGGCCAACGGGUCCUACCCUCAGCUGGAGGAUGUGGCACCCCGUAUCGUGGAGCACCCCACGGAUCUCCUCGUCUCCAAGGGGGAACCGGCCACCCUGAGCUGCAAAGCCGAGGGACGCCCGUCCCCAGUGGUGGAGUGGUACAAGGAUGGGGAAAAGGUGGAGACAGACCAGGAGGACCCUCGGUCCCACCGCACCCUUCUGCCAGGGGGGUCCCUCUUCUUCCUGCGCAUCCUCCAUGGCCGUCGGGGGAAGCCUGAUGAGGGGGUCUAUGUCUGCGUGGCCAGGAAUUACCUGGGGGAGGCCACCAGCAGGAAUGCCUCCCUGGAGGUGGCUGUACUGCGGGAUGAUUUCCGGCAGCCCCCUGGGGAUGUGGUGGUGGCUGUGGGUGAACCAGCGGUCCUGGAGUGCAUCCCACCUCGCGGCCACCCCGAACCCAGCGUCUCCUGGAAAAAGAACGGUGCCUGGCUCAGCGACAAGGAUGAGCGCCUGACGAUCCGCGGUGGGAAGCUGAUGUUGGCCAGCACUCGCAAGAGCGAUGCUGGCAUCUAUGUCUGCGUGGCCACCAACGUGGUGGGGGAGCGGUACAGCCAGCCGGCCGAGCUGGUGGUCUUCGAGCGCCCAAUGUUCAGCAAGAGGCCCCUCAACCAAGCGGUGCUGGUGGAGGGGACGGCAGAGUUUCCCUGCGAGGCGCUGGGAGACCCGCAGCCAUUGGCUCGCUGGCGCAAGGAGGAGGGAGAACUGCCACCGGGAAGGUGGGAGGUGCUGCCCGACAACACCCUGCGGAUCAGCCGCCUGCAGCCGGAGGAUGAAGGCACCUACACCUGCGUGGCCGACAACAGCGUGGGCCGUUCGGAAGCCUCAGGCACCCUCACUGUGCACGUGCCCCCCCAGCUCGUCACCGGGCCCCGCGACCAGACCGUCACCCCCGGCCAGAGUGUGACCUUCCAGUGCCAGAGCAAGGGCAACCCACCGCCCGCCGUGUUUUGGCAGAAGGAGGGCAGCCAGACCCUGCUGUUUCCCGGGCAGCCCCCUCACUCCGCUGCCCGAUUUUCCGUGAGCCCUGGUGGUGCCAUCACCAUCGCCGACGUGCGGCCGGCCGAUGCCGGGCGUUACCUGUGCCAGGCGGUCAGCGUGGCCGGCAGCGUCCUGGCCAGGGCCCGGCUGGAUGUGGCAGAGGUGCCGGCUGCACAGCACCCGCCCGUGAUCCACCAGGGACCUGCCAACCACACGCUACUGCCGGUGGGUGCCACGGCGCGGCUGCCAUGCCAUGUGGGGAACGGGGACCCCCCGGCCAGCGUGGGGUGGUGGAAAGAUGGCAGCGCCCUGGUGGGUGCCCAGCCCCGAGCCAGCCUGCUGGAGAACGGCACCCUGCGGAUCAGUGCGCUCCGGGUGACAGACUCUGGGCACUAUGAGUGCGUGGCCACCAGCUCAGCGGGUGAGACACGUUGGGGUGGCUCCUUGGAGGUGCAAGAUGAAGGAUCCAGCCUCUCCUCACCAUGGCCUGAGCUCGGCGUCCUUCCCAGGCCACCCUCCACCCCUGUGGUCACCAAUGUCACCAAAAGCAGCGUCACCCUGAGCUGGAAAGGGAAUGAGGACAGUGGUGCCACUGAUGUCACCUCUUACAUUGUGGAGGCUUUCAGCCAGGCAGUGGGUGGCCCAUGGCAGACAGUGGCAGCUGAUGUAGAGGGCGAGACCCACACGGUGAGUGGCCUUGUCCCCAACACCAUCUACCUCUUUUUGGUGCGGGCGGUCAACGCCUAUGGCCUCAGCGACCCCAGCGGCAUCUCGGAGCCUGUGCGCACCCAAGACAUCAGCCCCACUCAACAAGGCCUGGAUCCCAAACAGGCACAGCAGGAGCUGGCACAAGUGGCCGUGCACCUGCAGGAGCCCGUGGUGCUGCCGACGGGCGCUGUUCGCCUCUCCUGGACUGUGGAGCGCCAAGCACCCUUCCUUCAGGGCUACCGUGUGCUCUAUCGAUUGCGUGGUGGGCGCUGGGAGGAGGCGCAGGUGCCGGGGGAGCGGGAGGCUCUGCUCACCGACCUGCGCCGAGGCCAGGACUACGAGGUCAAGGUCCAACCCUACUUCCAUCACCUCCAAGGGCCCGACAGCGCCGUACGUGCCUUGCGCACCCCCGAGGCAGCCCCCAGUGCUCCGCCACGAGCUGUCAGUGUGGCCAGUAAUGGCACCAGCAUCCGCAUCUCCUGGCAGCCACCGCCACCGGCCGAGCACAAUGGUGUCAUCCGCACCUACCAGAUCUGGUGUUUGGGCAACGAGAGCCGCUUCCACAUCAACCAGAGCGUGGAGGGGACAGUGCUGGUGGCAGUGCUGAGGGGUCUGGUCCCCGGUGUCCCUUACCACGCUGAAGUUGCUGCCGCCACUAGUGCCGGCAUCGGCGUCCCCAGUGCCCCUGUCCCCAUCAGCAUUGCCCCCCUGGUGGAGCAGGACACGGGGCCGGCGGGUGGGAGCAGCGUGACGGAGCAUCUGGCUGAGGUGGCCAGGCGGCCAGCCUUCAUUGCCGGUGUCGGCGGUGCCUGCUGGGUUGUCCUCACUGCCUUCGCCAUCUGGGUCUACAGCCGCCGCAGGAGGAAGAAGGAACUGAGCCACUUCACUGCAUCCUUCACCUAUACUCCCACCAGCAAGGCGAUGAGUGUUGUGGGGACCCGGCGUGGCCCCUCACCGCCUUCACCCUCCCCUCUUUCCUCAGUCGCCUUCCCGGCUCCCAUGCGUGGAAGCCCCAGGACAGCCGCUGGCGGGGGUUACCUGUGGCUGGCAGACGCGUGGCGUGGUGGCAGCAUGGCCGGCGCUACGGGCUGCUUGGGGAACCCCGAGAGAUACUACAAUGAUGCUGGCAUCACCCGUUACAUUGCCCAGACGGAGCAGUUUGGGGCAGGCGCUGGUGAGGGGCCGGUGUACAGCACCAUCGAGGCAGAGGGCGAGGAGCUCCACAGCUUUCCCCGUCCGUUCUCGCAGCACGAGGCCCCCUACGCAGCAGCGGGGCUCCAGCCGGUGGAAACCCUGGUCCCCCAGGCACCCCGUGUCUGGGCCGAGCAUGGGGCCAAAGGGAGGAAGCUGGGGCAAGCGGUGAAACCGCCGGCAGUGAGCUGGAUGGAGAUGCUGCCCCCACCGCCCUCAGCCAGUGAGCUCAGCCGAUGCACUCAGGAGGAGGAGGAGGAAGAAGAUGAACAGCCAGCUGAAGGGUUGGGGAUGGAGGAGUGGUACCCCAGUGAGGAUGUCCCCUGUGCCACCACCGCAUCCUCACCCGCCGAUCCCUCCAGCUGCCGGUCCACCGUCACGCUGACACCAUCACCCCGCACUGCUGAGGACGUGUCCCGACUCCACGACUUCGAUAGCCCCCGUCUGCCCUGGAGCCCCCCCCGCGGUGCCAGCCCCACUCCCCAUGCCGGCAGCCCCGCGCCGAGCCCAGAUGCCAGCGAGCGCCCCUUGCCCCGAGCCCGCUGCCUCGCCACCACUGGGAAACCUCGUGGGGGGACCAUGAAAAGUCACCCAAAGCCCAAAUGCAGCCGCUAUCGCCGGGAAAAGCAGCUGGGAGAGCUGCCACCGCCACCAGUGCCACCACCAGGAGAGACUCCCGGCCCGUGCCCCGAGCAGGAGCCGAGCAGGGCUGAGCACAAGGUCCCCCAGUGCCUGUCCCGUGCAGAGGAGCUCAUCCCAUACAGCAAACCCUCCUGCCCACCCUGGGGUCCAGCGUCCAGCAGCUGCUCCACCAUGGGCAGCAUCUCGUCCAAGGGCUCCACCAGCUCCCGCGGCCACGGGUCGGGGAGCAGCCGGACGGCGGGGGAUGCCAGCAAAGGGACCGGGCAUCGCCGCCGCCCGGGACCCCCCUUUCCUUGCCCAGCCCAGGAGAAGAGAUAAAGCAGAGGGCGAGGUGGUG